AUGGACUCGUCACUGCCAGCCGAACCGAAUCCCACCGAAGGGGUGUCCGCGACUCCACCGAAGGGGUUGAGGAGUCGCGUGGGGUUCCCAGUGACAAAGGAGAGGGGCGGAGGGGACGGAGAGCGGUGGAUCGUUGGAGGUUUAAAAAUCGUUGGCACGCGAACAGUGGCCGGAAGCGAACCCUCCUCGCUCGGCGGAGACUACGAGGGUGCAAAGAGAAAAGAGUUACUCUUGGACCGUGCUGUGCUCCGAAUCCGCUUUCGCGGCGUUCCAUCGAUCCAGCUCCGAUUUCCACGAUACACGCCGUUCCUCCCGGCUCCCUCGGCCACCGUGAGAAACGACCUUAACCCGUUGGUUAAUUGGAUCAGGACCGGGGAACGAUCGCGGGGCCAGGCCGAGGAGAAAAAAGGAGAGAACGAGAAGGAGAGAGGAGGAGGACGCGGACUGAUCGACGAGAUGAUACCGGACACGGAAAGCGUCUGUCAGACUUCGGAAGCUGCGGUCAGGAGCACGGACGUGUAUCAGAAGAUUAAGAACACGCCGGAAGGGGAAGCGGCCUCGGUGACCGCGUGGAAGCGAUAUCAGCAACUGGUGGCGAUCGUCGAGUCCAGGGGCGGAAAGUUCAACCGGAAGUCGAUGAUCGAGGCAAUCUUUCGCGGGAACGAUCUCGUCUACGCGAGCCACUGAUCUCUACGGGUCGGACACGAUCUCAAUUCUGCAAUUUUCUACCAAAGCACACCAUAGUUCUAUUUUACACAGUGGCGUAGAAACAGAAUCGUCGCGUUUCAACUUUAAGCAUCCGACUAGAGUCGACAAUGAAUAUUCCCCAUUGUCCGCGAGAAUUUUAUACGCAACAGGCAUGCCUAUUUACAAGCGAAUCAAAAGACUGUACAAGACUUCUCAAUCCUCUUUCUCAAAUCCGCAAUCGAGAGCUCGACAAUAGACAAUCCUCGAAGAAUGCAAGUUCAUCUUAUAAAAAGAAACUUCAUAAUACCAUUACAGCCAUUACUUAACUCACAAUGCACAGACUGUAAUAACCGCGCUCUUAUUAUCAACUUGAGCAUCGAACGAGAACAAGCCUCGCUUAAGUACAUCCAUAACCAAAGAAUGCGCGGCACGUCAGAAUUUAAUCAACGAUUCCUCGUUGGAGGUAGAAACCCGACGGGACGCGACGUCGGGGAUCACAAUUAUCUCAAUUUACAAACAAUUCGACAAGGAUUACGAACUCGUCGAGCACCGUCGUCGAUUGCGAGACCGCGCCGAUGUUUAUCCCGUGACGGGAUUCCAUGGAAAAAGCGGGGCUGAUUUCAUACGCGACGAAUUAUCAGCGUCCCAUUAACUGCAACGAUAACCGCUUUUUGCCGGGCAUUCCGUGGUGAUGCUCGUUACGUAACGAUCCGCGACGUUAAUACCUGCCGGGUUUUUGUCCCAGCCCGGCGAACGGUUUCUACGCCACUGACGAUAAUUAGAGAUACGAUUAACGAUGCCAAACCGUGUAUUGCUAGUCAACGCGAGCGUAAUAAAACGCGGUGUACAAUUUAAUUAGAUAAUUAAGCGGCGAUUAGGAGAGAUCCGGGGGGUAAGGGGGUGGCGGACGGAUGGCUAUCGGAGGGCGUGUGCACGUAAUCUCGACGGGAACGAGGUUCGCGUCGCUCGUAUCCGCCCGGGGGGAAAAACAACGAGCGCCGAUACUCUGUACACGUAAUACGUAAUAAUUGCGGCCUGUCAGCCAAUAAGGAGGCUUUACGACCGCCUCCGAACGCGGCUCCGGUUAACUGAAACUAAUUAGCUCCGUUCGGGCCGCGAUAGAGAUUCUAGACCGGGGAGCCGAGAGCACUCCGCGCCGUACCUUUUGCAAUUAAUAGACCGCCCCGCUUUUAUGCGGCUUCACGGUUCCCCGUUUGUCCACGAAACCUGGCUCGAGGUUUUAUACAAUUCAACGAGAUUUAUAUUGUCACUGCGUACUGGCUGUUGAUACGGUGUUCAAUGGACCGGGAUACGGAGUUUCGUUUGUUGGACUUGUCCUUGGUGGAUUGGAAUCUGUGGACGUACGAACGCGAGCAGUUUUAUGUACGGUUAAGUAUUUAUAGAUGUAAUUCUUAGGGUAAUUGUAUAAGGUAGAAAUAAAGAGUUCUAUUUGGUAUACUUAACUGUGGCGUUACCUGGAGCAUUUGGGGGUUGGGAUUUGGAGGUGCCGAAAAGGAGUAUUAGUUGUAUAAUUUUUGAAGAGUUACUACUGGAAUGUUUGGAGAAAUAUGUUAUGAGUAAUUAAGAUAAACGUGUGAAAGGAAUUGUAAAAAGGCUGGGAAUAAUUUAUGAAAAUAGAGAUAAUGUAGAGUAUCGAUAGACUAAGGAUCGACGUCAAAAUAAUUAGAUAUUGUAAGGGAACGAUGGUUAGAGCUAAUAGAAAUCGGAAAUAUGAAAUUUCAAGCAUCGCAAAUCAUACCUGAAAGUUAAUAAAACUUCCGAAUUAACGAGCGUACAUUAUCAAUGGAAAAAUAAGCAAUAAAUUCUGUCAUCAGCGGGAAUUACGAUGGUCGACACCUGCAACAGAUAUCAUCGGGAUUAAUUGGAACACGUGUUGCCACGUACACAUGUAUUUGCCGAAUUAAAUAUUACCAUACAAAUAUACAAUGUAUAUACAAAACGAUCUCCAUACAAUACCGAAUGGGGAGUGGGGCAAUGGAAAGAGCGAGAUAGAGAAGCGAACGCUUUCGAAAGAUUUUCUUAUGUAACAGAACCGGUGAAACGGGACCGCGGAAACAAUGGGGGCAUAUCUUACAAAUAUUUUACACGCGUCCGCUCCGCAUUCCUAUUUAGUGUUCGUCUUGUCCGUACGGAUCGUAACUCAG